ACAGUAGCUAAAACACUGAAAAAAAUAUUGUUGACUUUGAAGACACAGUAAUAGAACAAUACAAAAUGAAACAAGAAAAAAAAAGCUGAAAAGGAAAACCAUGAAUCAGUGAAUUGUAGACAACAUCAAGCAGCCUAACAUAAGUAUAAUUAGAAUUACAUAAGAAGAGAAGAGAGAUGGGUAAACAGAAAAAAUAUUUGAGUAAUGUCCAAAAUUUUGACAUUUUAAUGAAAUUUCUAAAUACACAAAUCCAAGAACCACAAUGAACGCCAAGCAGGAAGAAGAAAAAGAAGGAGAAGGAGGAGGGGAAGAAGACCAUACCAAGGGACAUUACAAUCAAAUUUCUUAAAACCAGUGAUAAAGGGAAAAGUCUUAAAAACAGCCAAAGAUACAAGAAACAUUAAAUACAAAGAAGAGAGCAAAUAUCUCAUCAGAAACAAUGGAAUCCAGAUGUUAAAAAGUCCUUAAUGCACAAGAAAGGAUACAAGUUGGAAAUUUGGAUCUGCAUAAUGAAAUAAAGAACACUGGAAAUGGCAAAUACAUGGGUACGUAUCCAUUUUUAAGGCCUCUAUUAAAGAUAACACGCAAAAAUGUAAAGCUGCAAUGAAGACUAUGGGGCCACCAAAAGUUGAACUACCUUCUCCAAAGAAUUUCCUGAAGAAACAUUCAAUGGAAAAAACUCUACCACCCAAAAAAAAGUUUGAUCGGAAUGAGCCCAGAAAGCCUCCUGUGCCACUGAGAACUGAUCAUCCAGUCAUGGGAAUACGAAGCGAAAAAAAUUUUAUAAACACAAAUGCAGCCGAUGUCAUUCUGGGAGUGACUAAGAAGCCUAAACCAAUUUAUGUUGACAAAAAAACUGGAGAUAAGCAUGAUCUUGAAACUUCAGGACUAUUUCCAAAAUACAUCAAUAAAAAGGAUUACGGUGUCACACCUGAGUAUAUAUGUAAGCGAAAUGAGGAAGUAAAGAAAGCCCAAGAAGAAUAUGAUAACUAUAUCCAGGAAAACCUUAGGAAAGCAGCUAUGAAAAGGAUUUCUGAUGAAGAAAGGGAGGCAGUUCUUCAGGGGCUGAAGAAGAACUGGGAAGAGGUACAUAAGGAGUUCCAGUCCCUCUCUGUGUUCAUCGAUUCCAUACCGAAGAAGAUUCGCAAGCAGAAGCUGGAAGAAGAAAUGAAGCAGCUGGAACAUGACAUCGGUGUCAUUGAAAAGCACAGAAUUAUUUACAUUGCCAAUAAGUAAUAAUGGAUUUCUAAAAUAGAGUCAUUUUCACAUAGGAAAAAGCCCGCUGGAAAACAUAAACAUGAAACUUUGCUUUUCAAAGAGGAAAAUACUCUGAAAGAGAAUAAAAAUAGUUUUUACCGAAA